AUGUCUGAAGAAGUUCCGCCGAAUACGGACGCCUCAAAUGGUGAGGAUAAGAAGAAAGUUGAGCCAAUUACGAUUCGAGUCAAGGAUCAAUCAGGUGAAGAGACGUUUUUCAAGGUGAAACCCAAUACAAAGAUGGAAAAAAUCUUUAGUGCUUAUGCUCAGCGUAAGGGUGUACCUGCUAGUGCGUUGCGAUUCUUGUUGGAUGGUACGCGCAUUAGUGGGGAUCAGACACCGAAGAUGCUCGAGCUUGAAGACCAAGAUCAGAUUGACUGUGCACUGGAGCAGGUUGGUGGUGGCUCUUGGUGCUAA